GAUUCCUAUGAGCCUGAUUUAAGACUUCUGUUUUGUUUUAAACUAACAAUGAUAUUUCCAAAUGCAAGUGAGAGUCUCAUAGGAUGCACUCCUCUCUAAAAUAUGGACUUUUUUCUUGCUAGACUUUUAUUAGCUAAAAACUGCUGAUUUACUAGAAUCUCAAAGACAAAGUAGCAACUGGAUGUACCUUUCUGAUGAUGAAAAGCAAAGUAGUCUUUUUCAGAGAAAAAAAAUCUCAUUCAAGAAUGGGCCAACAAAUAAUUUGCAUCCUUCCAAUGAUUAAUUUCCUGAUAUAUCUUGUUAUCCCAGGUUGCUGUUUUUUUUUGUUUUGUUUUUUUAAUGAAUACAAAAGUGAGACCGUUUUACAAGCAGUGAUGCAUCCUUUAAUUUCAAAAUUAUGCAUCACUUUAUGUUGGUCCAUCAGACAAAAUUCAUAUAAAGUACACUUGGAAGUGACGCUACAUAAUGAAGGAUCAAGCGGUACAAAUAAUUUUGUAAUUCAAUUCAAUAAUUCAAAUAAUUUUCUCCUUAGCGUGCUAAAAAUAAGCAUUUUAGGGGACAAGAAACGGUUCCACACUGAUUGGCACAGAGCUGACUCGAUAGCGAGUGACACGUCACUAUUCUCGCGAGAGUUCACAAAGAGAAUACAUAACAAGUAUGGCGGCGUCCUUACGGACAGAGAAGCCUGGAGUGAAAUAAAAGUGGAUUUAAAACAGCAGCUACCGCUUCGGACUGUGUUGUUUAGAGUCAUAUAACCUUAUAAACGAAGUUACGGUGAGAAAUGGGAUAUGAACGCCUACUUUGCGGAGCUCUGGAGCGAUACUCCAGGCUAUUUCGACUCGGUAAUUUUCAGCAGAAAGCUCGAGCCUUUCAUAAUGCGACCCAGUCGAGUGGCGAAUCCACGCGAUUAUUUACAUGGUUCGGACUGAACGGGGAGAUUCUUACUCCCACAGCCCGCCAGGUAGCAGCCCGUCGAGGCUACUGCAGCUCCACCCAGCCUGCCAAAGAUGUCACCCUGUUCGAGCACGACAGAACCCGCUUCUUCCGGGUGCUGACGGUCUUCUGCGGCGGCCAGUUCGUCUUCUGGACGUACCUGGCUCAGUUCGCCUUCACCGGGCUCAGAGACACCGGUGGAAAAGACCGAGCCAAGGCGCCCACCACCACCACCGGACUGGCCGGGAUGUGGAGUUUCGAGAUGAACCUUGGUUCAAACGCCUGGAGGUACGGAUUUACCCUGGGAUGCCUGACCAUAGGAGCGGGGAUAGUCGGGCUCGGGGCUCUGUUCUGCCGGAGGUCCGUCAGUAAGGUGGUUCUACAUAAGGGCGGGAGGAUGGUGACGGUACGGACACAGUCUCCUCUGGGACCAGACCGAGGCAGGACCAUAAAUGUCCCACUAAAUCAGGUGGCCUGCCACGCUCACAGACAGGAGUCCCCCUCUUUCAUCCCGCUCAGAAUCAAGGGACACCGGCUCUACUUUCUGCUGGACAAAGAUGGGACUGUAAACAACGCCAGGCUGUUUGACAUCACCGUUGGUGCAUACAGACCAUUUUAAUGCAACAUGAUGUAGAUUGGGGUUUCUUUAUUUACUGUUAAAUAAAAUAUUUGAAAUAAAAUGUGGGCUCAUAAAGAUUCAUUUUGUAUUAUAACAUUUAAAACUCUCCUAUAUGUGUCAAACUCAAGGCCUGCGGGCCAAAUACGGUACG